UAGAACCCAGGACCUUCUGACUCCCAGGCCUGCGCUCUGUCUCUAAACCGCCGCUGCCCCUCUACGGCAGAGAGGUGUGAUGCGGCAGAUAAAAGACAGAUAUGAUUUAAGCUACCCCGAGGGCUAGAGAUUAUCGGUGUGUGGCAGAAUAAAAAGAGAAAAGCUCCGAUUGAGGAGACCCUCGUCUGUCUCCCCGAUUAGACGGCGAGCCCGAGGAUUGUCUCUAUCUGUUGCCAAACUGUACGUUCCAAGUGCUUAGUACAGCGCUCUGCACGUAGUAAGCACUCAACAAAUACCAUUUGCCAAAUUCGGGGAAUAAAAUCUACACUUCCAGACGCCCGCUCGGACCCUGAUGCACAGACCGUCUCUCCCAGCCUCCCUCCGCCGUGAAGGAAAGCAGUGUUGACUUCAGAGCAUCGAACCGUCUCGAGUUUUUGGACCGCCGCCCCGGACCUGAGCCCCGAGGCUCCCCGCCCGGGAUGACGCAGGCCGAAAUCCAGCUGUGCUCCCUGCUGCUCCAAGAGCACUUUGGCGAGAUCGUGGAAAAGAUCGGAACGCAUCUGGUCCGGACGGGCAGCCAACCGCUGCGGGCCAUCUGUGAAGAAAGGCGCUGGUUGCGAUUGCUGCUUGGCAGCACCAACCUUGGUGCGGGUUACGAGGUGCGCGGGCGCGGCCCGGGUGGGAGUACGAGGGCCCGGCCCGGCCCGACCCGCCGCAAUCCUCCGUUCCCCCGCUACAUCUACCACCGCCAAAGACCCUUCUACGGCGACCACCGGCGCUCAUCGUGGAGAGCUGCUGCUCAACGGACAGGUCACCAUGGCCGCCCUGACGGGAAAGACGGUGGAACUACGCGGAGGUGGUCCGGCACGUUCGCCCGCCUGGCCGACACCCACUUCGUGCAGCGCUGGCCCCCGCGGCGGCCCCGUCGGCCGCCCCCCCCGACCCUGCUCACCGACGACAAGGACGUCUACAUGGUGCCCAAGCUCAACCUCGUAGGGACGGGAAAGAGGAGACGUUCGUCGGACGAGGAGGCGGCCGGAGAGCCCCGGACCAAGCGGCAGAGACGAGAAGCCGACGCCGCCGAGCCAUCCCCGGACGACGGCAUCUACUGGCAGGCCAACCUGGACCGUUUCCACCAGCACUUCCGCGAUCAGGCCAUCGUCCACGCCGUGGCCAACCGCAUGGACCAGGUGGGCAGCGAGAUCGUGCGGACCAUGCUGAGGCUGAGCGAGGUGACCACGUCCUCCAACGCCCCCUUCACCCAGCCGCUGUCCUCCAACGAGAUCUUCCGCUCCCUCCCGCCCGGAUACAACAUCUCCAAGCAAGUCCUCGAUCAAUACCUCACCCUGCUGGCCGACGACCCCGCUGGAGUUUGUCGCAGAUCCGGAGAAAGCGGCGGAGGGAUGUACGUCGUCAAUCUCCACAAAGCGCUGGCAUCCCUGGCCACGGCCACGCUGGGAGUCCGCCGUUCGGGUCUCCGCUGUGCCCGGAUCUUCCGGCUGGUUUCCGCAAAGAAGUACCUGGAGCAGAAGCAAGUGGAAGACUUCGCCAUGAUCCCGGCCAAGGAAGCCAAGGACAUGCUGUACAGGAUGCUGUCGGAGAGCUUCAUCUCCCUCCAGGAAAUCCCCAAAACUCCGGACCACGCCCCGUCCAGGACCUUCUACCUGUACACGGUCAACACGCUGUCUUCCGCCCACAUGCUGCUGCACCGGUGCUACAAGAGCAUUGCCAACCUCAUCGAGCGACGCCAGUUUUGAAACCAAGGGAGAACAAGUGAGCGGCUGCUGGAGAAGUCGCAGCGGGUGGAGGCCAUCCUGGCGUCCAUGCAGGCCACGGGGGCCGAGGAGGCCCAGCUCCAGGAGAUCGAGGAGAUGAUCACGGCGCCCGAACGCCAGCAGCUGGAGAGCCUCAAACGCAGCGUCAACAAGCUGGACGCCAGCGAGAUCCAGGUGGACGAAACCAUCUUCGUGCUGGAGGCCUACACCGAGAGCACGGCCAAGAAGUCGUGACCGGGGACGAGGCGGGGACCGCCGGACGGGCGGGGGAAGACGAGGACCGCCGGACGGGCCGGGGCUACCGGCCGCCCGAAUGCCGGCGGGGAAAUUAAAAGGCCGAAGGUCACGAGGAGGAGGA